CGCCUGGCCGCCGGGAAGCUGGAGGAGACAGCGCGGGGCCCCGAGCCGCUCGGCCCGCAGUCCUCAGCCGCGGAACGGAGCCGGCGCCGCGCGAGCCCGAGUCCAGCCCGAGCCGCCCAGCCGCCUUUGUCUGCACCGCGCGCCUGGGUCGGGGACAGCUACCCCCGCGGCGGGCGCGGGCCGAUGCCCCCGCAGCAGGGGGACCCCGCGUUCCCGGGCCGCUGCGAGGCGCCGCCGGUGCCGCCCCGCCGGGAGCGUGGGGGGCGCGGGCCCGGGGCGCCAGGGAGCCGGGGGCGCGCGGACGGCGCGGAGGGGCGCGGCGUCAAGUGCGUGCUGGUCGGCGACGGCGCGGUGGGCAAGACCAGCCUGGUGGUGAGCUACACCACCAACGGCUACCCCACCGAGUACAUCCCCACCGCCUUCGACAACUUCUCAGCUGUGGUUUCUGUGGAUGGGCGGCCCGUGAGACUCCAGCUCUGUGACACUGCAGGACAGGAUGAGUUUGACAAGCUCCGGCCUCUGUGCUACACCAGUGCCGACAUCUUCCUCCUGUGCUUCAGUGUCGUGGGCCCCUCCUCCUUCCAGAACGUCAGUGAGAAAUGGGUGCCGGAGAUUCGGUGCCACUGUCCCAAAGCCCCCAUCAUCCUCGUGGGGACGCAGUCGGAUCUCAGAGAAGACGUCAAAGUCCUCAUUGAGCUGGACAAAUGCAAAGAGAAACCCGUGCCCGAGGAGGCGGCCAGGUUGUGUGCUGAGGAGAUCAAAGCCGCCUCCUACAUUGAGUGCUCGGCCUUGACUCAGAAGAACCUCAAAGAGGUCUUUGAUGCAGCCAUCGUCGCCGGAAUCCAGUACUCGGACUCUCAGCAGCAGCCCAAGAAGUCCAAGAGCAGGACUCCGGACAAGAUGAAGACCCUGUCCAAGUCGUGGUGGAAGAAGUACUGCUGUUUCGUAUGAUGCUGGUGGGGCCCCGACGGGCUGUGUUCCGACGAACUCCACACUAGAGGCUAUAUUAGCUGAAACAACUCCUUUGACCAUGUAGAACCUGUAUAGAGAAUGCGCGUGUAUAUGGAUUAUAGGAGGUGCUCCAAUGUAUGUAUCCUUUCUUGCCUUUGACUUUCUCGUUUGUUUGAGCUGAGGGAUGAGAUACUUAUGCAAGAGAUUUUUGAAGUAAGUUAAGCAUUUGUCAUGACUCUGGAAAUUUAGAGCUCUAGACCUUUGGAUUAAUUUAUAUCUAAUAUGAAAAGGCACCUCAGAUCUGGGCAUCCAGAGUGAAAUUUUGCCAUGAGAUAAUGCACAGAAGAACAAAGAGGAAAUGGCAUGGUUAGCCGUCCCUUGAUUGAGGGCCAGCUACUGUCAGAGUAACUCUUAGCUUUGAAACCUCACACUAUUUACCCCCCCCCUUUUUUUUUUUGCGGUACACGGGCCUCUCACUGUUGUGGCCUCUCCCGUUGCGGAGCACAGGCUCCGGACGCUCAGGCUCAGCGGCCAUGGCUCACGGGCCCAGCCGCUCUGCGGCACGUGGGAUCCUCCCAGACCGGGGCACGAACCCAUGUCCCCUGCAUUGGCAGGCGGACUCUCAACCACUGCGCCACCAGGGAAGCCCCCUCCCCUUUUUUUAAGGAGCAAAAAUCUGAGAAAAAAAAGAGAGAGACCUCUGCCUAUGAAACCUCAAAUCUGUCACUUUGGUUGUAUUCUUAUACCUGGUUGCUUAAGAUUUAAAAGCAACCAACAAAAAAACAUGCCACUAACUAUGGUGCUGUGUAGACCAAAAAGGAAAAGUUGUUGAUGGGAGUUUUUCAUCCUGAGACCGUAUCAACAGCCAAAAUGCCAUGAGGAGUGUAGCAAGCGUUAGCUCUGUUUUCUUUAGGGAGUGAUUCACGUUGAGAUCAGAGCAUGGUAUUUGCUGUCAUACACAUGAACCUCUGUGAUGGCAGCACUCAGGAGACUUGUCGGGGUUGUUUCUAACCUUCUAGGCUUCCCUGGCCCCAUCUGCAGGGGUCGUGAACCCUCUUGCAAGGCCUGUAGCAGGCAGAUGUUUGGGGGACACAAAGUGUCCUUUUUUUCCUUAAGUCAGCGUAAAGGUACUUUGUGUACGCACGCAAACACGGAUGUAUACGUGGCCAUUCUUGCUCCUGGUUCAGACUUUUAAACAGUUAAUGGAAAAAAUGUGGCCCCAGAAACAGCUGUGAGGGAAGCCUGGCUUCCUCUUUUAACACUUUUUGGAACAGAUCUCUUUUUGAUGAUGCCUUGAGAUGUGAUUCUAGGUAUAUCUUCACACAUUUUGGAACCCAUGUUAAAACAAAACAUGAGCAUCUCUUAGAACCUAUUUUAAUGUGAAUGUCUCUUGAAACCUAUUAAAACAGCCAGUGAAAUCCACACAUGCCUUUCAGGGAGCUGGUGAUAGACACAGCGCCUCGUGUGGGAUUGGUGGUGGCAGGGACCACAGCACCCUUUCUCAACUGUCUCCUCACUGUGGAACAGUCAGAAAACCACAGAUUUGUGACAUGUUUGUGUUCUUCCAGGUGGCGGUUUUUAGGGCUUCAUGUUCUGGAGGGGAAAAGUGCCAAAAGUGCCAGAGAGCAGUUUUACUCUGGGAUGGGGCUGCUUCUGAGAUGCCGAGAAGUAGCUGAAUGCAUCAGAUUGUGACGUCAGGCUUGCAGUGGUGAUGCACAUCUACCAAAAUCAGUCAGUAACUGGGGAAAUCCCUGUAGCGCCAGCAGGUAGAAGAGUUUAUCUUUCUGUGGGUCUUGCCCUUUUUAUGUUAAAAAAAAAAAUCCAAUUUGUGUUUCUUUUUAGAGAAAGUAAAUGAUCAGGCUAUACUUUAGGUUAGAGGCUUUUAUUUCUAUUAGUAAAUAAAAUUAACUAAUUUCCUUGUUUAAAAACUGAAAAACAUGCUGUUUACUAUUUAUUUUUCAAUACAUUGAAAUUGAUAUCAUUGCUUCCUGAAGCGUUUAGUUACAUCCUGAGUGAAUAAAAUUACUUCAUUUGUGGAAAUGCCCCAAACGGACCUAAUGAAAUGCGUUCGAAGCUUGGUGCCUGGCUCACCUACCCGUGAGCUUCCCAGACGGGGCUCUGCCUGCCCUGGUGUGGAGCGGGUGAGGAAGGGUUAUUUGACUGGCAAGUGAUUUCAAACAGUAUUUUUAUAGUAAAGCAAAUGUCAUGGAGUAAAAUGCAACUUAAUUUUUAAGACUGAACACAAAACUUGAAAGAAAUGUUAUGCCUGUGACAGCAUAUGGGGCUCUUCUUGGUCCCCCGGUGGAGGAGGGAACCUUUGCCACCCUCUGCCUUUAGGGCCAGUGGUUGGUGAGGAACACCUCUGUGGUCCAGUUCCAGAGCUUUACUCGUGUUUCAUUUUCAGCCCUGCUUGAUGCAGCCGGUACUAUUAGUGCUAAAAAUCUAGAAGGUUGACACUGAAAUGCAACAGGUUUUAAUAUGUUGCCAAAUUUAUAGAAGAGUAAAUGCACAAUUGUACUCGAGGUUUUCCUCCAUUUUUACUUCUUGGGGA